AUGUCGCGUGCUGAUGUGCAGCGGCCAUACGAUUUCUUGCCGCCGCUCCACGAGGCUGUGGACACGUAUGGUGUGCGAUCUCUGCAUCCUGCGAUCGCAGAAGUGUGGUUCACAAGCCACACGUCUUCAGAUUGUUUGCCGACGUCUCUUCAGGAGUCUCGGCGUAAGCUCCUCGAGCAAGCCGUGCAGCAAGCAACGAAUGAAACACCCGCUGCAGUUGCGACAGGCGCCAACUCCGUGUCGGAGAGGCCGUCAACCUGCGAGGAAUUGCUGCAGUUUCUAGCCGAUUGGCUGAGCACGGGACGUGAAGCUUUGCGGAGCGAGUUCGAAAGUAAGCUCCGUGAGUCGUAUACAUGGCCUGUAGCAGACCGGCGGCAGAUGGUGGAAGUUCACCGUCAAAAAUGGAGAGCACUUGAGGACAGCUUGCGACAGCUUGACGACGCAAUCCGUGCUCCCAGCAUAGCAGAGCAACCAGAGCUCGUGGAGCGGAAGGCCCAAGCUUCCCUGUCUCGGCUGACGUCUGUUCGGGACACCCCCUUGAAGCUGCAGGUGCAGGUCCUGCGGGAAGUGAAGCUACAGUAUUGGCCCAGUCCGUCUGGGAUCUCCAAUCUGCGACCCGAAGAUGUGCCGACAGAUGCAGAGGUGGAUGCUUGGCGAGACGACAUGCUGCAGCCUGCACCUGUUGUUCAAGAUCGCCCGGGCCGUGAAAGUAGUGAGCCCGUCGCACCCGCCAUCAGUGUCGAGACACAGACACCUCUUGACAUCCUAUCUGAUGCGGUGCCAAUGUCGCUGCGACAGCGUCCCAGCCCACAAGGUGUGCCAGCCGGCGAAGCGGACUUGAUUAUGAAUGUGGGAGCCGUGCCAGUGGUACCCGCAACGAGUAGCAGGAGCGUGCCAGAAGGAAUCGAUGGCGGUUUGGCGGAUGUCUUCGCGGGGAUGGACGAGAAGGAACGCGAAGCUUUUGCAACUAUCGUGAAGGAGCAAGAUGAGCUUGCUCAGCAAAAAGCAGAAUCGGAAAGGGCACUUCAGCAAAAGGAACGGUCAAUCCAAGAGCAGGAGGAAGCUUUCAAGGACGAGCUGGAAACUCUGCGGCAGGAAGCAAAUAAAGCAGAAAGCAAGCUUAAACAGAAAGCCGAAGAAGACAUUCUACGGAAAGAGCAAGCUCACCAGGCUGCUCUUCAUGCUGAGAAAGAAAAGCUAUUCCACGAGCGAUACAAGCUUCGCACGCGCUCCAUGGGCGAGCAGCUCGUGCUGGAAGCUCGAAAGCUCAAGGAUGAGUUGCUCCGACACAGACGUAUCAGGCCUUUGCGUGUUGAGGCCGUCAAAGUCCUUUGGCGAACACAGGAGGAUCUGAACCGGAUUUUGUGUGGCAAGCAGCUGCUGCAGCGCAGAUCAAAUGGGGCUACACUGCAAUCCGAAAACCUCUGCGCUUUCGCCAUCGGCAGCGUCCGUGAGUGGUUGUUCCGAUCACGGGAGUGGAUAGAAGCAAGCUCUUUCGCACCGGGCGGGAAGACCAUUGAGACCGCUUCCGAUCUUGCCCAACGCUCCGAACCUCAAUUGAAAGCGCAGCUGACGGAAGCCAUGGGCACGAUUGCAUCCUUCAAGGCCCGAGCGAAGGCGCUCGCAAGCAGGAUGCACCUGGAGCAAAAGGCCAUCACCCCCAGGUCGGAGCCAAGGCCCGUGGUGGCUGAAGGCCUGAGCAUCGAAAGCGAACAAGCCGAGGGCGUGCGGCGAGCCGUGGCGGCGCGCCUGCAGGAUGCAGAGGCCAAACUCGACAAACUGGCGGAAGAGGAUCUUAGCGUCGACUUCCUCAUGCGUUGGUCAGAGCAGAUCAGCGCGGUUGGCCUGAAGGGCAUGCAGACACAGCGGCACUCGAAGGAGUUAUCGGAGCGUAUUGAGGCCGCCCUGAAAACGGAGGCUACAAGAUACCGCAGCGUGGCGCAAGCUGCAUAUGCUGAGAUCGCUGCUGACAGGGAAGCAGACGAGUCCCUGAAGCGGGCGCACGAAGCUCGUAAGCGGGAAGAGGCACGCGAGGCGAAACGUAAGCAGGAAUUGGAUGAGAAGAUCCGACGCGAGCAGGAGAAGGCAUUACGAGAGAAGGAGAAGCUCGUCCCGCUGAAGCUGCGAAUGACUGGACUCAGGGCAGACACCAUCGAGGACAAGGUGAAGUUUGGACACCUGGCAGAGCAGAAGGUGGCCAAGGCAUUGGACCUCAAGGGUUCGCAGGCUGGCAGAGCUGAGGGCCAUGCCGAAGUGUGCCAAGUGCCUCCAUAUUCCCUGUCAGGUCCGAAGCAGGACUCAAUAGCCACCACGCCGGGAGCAAUGGAGGCAGUUGCUGUAAGCAUCGCGCUUCCUUCCGGAGAAGUGGUUGCGGAGCUGUCGGUGAACCCGCAGAAGCCGGUUUUGCAGUUGAAGACCCAAGUCGCAGGUCUUGAAGGCCUUGCACUUCCUGAUGCAGUACUGCUGUUCAUGUGGCAGAUUACUCGUUAG